UCUGGGUCUCCCACAUGGGUGCAGGGGCCCAAGGACUUGGGCCUUCCUCUACUGCUUUCCCAAGCCAUAGCAGACAGCUGGAUUGGAAGUGGAGCAGUGGGGUCUCGAACUAGUGCCCACAUGGGAUGCGGAGCUUCAGACCAGGGCGUUAACCUGCUGCACCACAGCAAUGGCCCCUCAUUUAUCAAGUUUUUAUUGAGCCCUUGCUAUGUGCCAGGUGAACUCCUCUGUGCUGUGGAUGUCAAAGCAAGUAAAACAAACGGGAUCCUAGCAUUCAUGAUGGUGACACUGCAAUGACUUUGUAGCAUCAGUCAGAGAGGUGUUGGGAGGUCCUGCGGCUGGUCUGAGGUCGCACGGGAGUUUUGUGGCACCGUUAGGACUGACCCCCAAGUCUGCUCAAUGCCUAGGACACGGCGCUUUCUCCCCACGGGGGCCCUGCCUUUCUCUCAUCUCCCCCUUGCUUUGCCUCUCCCCAGUUUCUGUCCAGCAGGAUGAACCUAGGGAACUUCACCUGGACGGGGGUUGCCCCUGCUGAGUUCAUCCUCCUGGGCAUCACAGAUCGCUGGGACCUGCGCGUCACCCUCUUCCUGGUACUCCUGCCCGUCUACCUGGGGAGCCUGCUGGGCAACAUGGGCAUGGUGCUGCUGAUAGGCGUGGACGCCCGGCUGCACACACCCAUGUACUUCUUCCUGGCCAACCUCUCCUUGUUGGAUGCCUGCUAUGCCUCGGCCAUUGGCCCCAAGAUGCUAGUGGACCUGCUGCUGCCGUGUGCCACCAUCCCUUAUGCGGCCUGUGCCCUCCAGAUGUUUGUCUUUGCAGGGCUGGCGGAUGCUGAGUGUUGCCUGUUGGCAGCCAUGGCCUACGACCGCUAUGUGGCCAUCGGAAACCCUCUGCUCUAUACAACAGCUAUGUCCCGGCGUCUAUGCCUGGCCUUGCUGGGGGCAUCAGGACUGGGUGGGGCAGUGAGCGCCUUUGUCCACACGACCUUCACCUUCCGCCUGAGCUUCUGUGGCUCCCGGGAGGUCAACAGCUUCUUCUGCGAUAUCCCUCCCCUGCUGGCCAUCUCAUGCAGCGACACCAGUCUCAAUGAGCUCCUCCUCUUCGCCGUCUGUGGCUUCAUCCAGACAGCCACGGUGUCGGUGAUCGCCGUGUCUUACGGGUUCAUUGUCGGGGCUGUGAUCCGCAUGCGCUCUGCUGCGGGCCGUCGGCGAGCGGCGUCCACCUGCGGCUCCCACCUCAUGGCCGUGGCCAUGCUGUACGGGACGCUCAUUUUCAUGUACCUGCGUCCCAGCUCCAGCUACGCCUUGGACACUGACAAGAUGGCGUCUGUGUUUUACACCCUUGUCAUCCCAGCUCUCAACCCUCUCAUCUAUAGCCUCCGCAACAAGGAGGUCAAGGAGGCCCUCCGGCGGACCUUGACUCGAUUCUGCUGUCCAGGACAGGGGCACCGGUGA